AUGCUAAAAUUCUCCAUCGAUUUUCUACUUCGUCAAAAUCACUACAGCAAUUCGGAAACCUCUUCUGAAGCAGGUGAGUACUGUAAAGAUUACUGUAGAUCCCAAUUUUUUGAAAAAUUAUGUAGAUGACGAUGGAAAUAAUAAGAAAAAAUAUGCUUGCGAGAUUUGCGAGAAGACUUUUAAUGCACAUUAUAAUUUGACAAGACAUAUGCCAGUUCAUACGGGAGAAAGACCAUUUGUUUGUAAGGUACGGUAAUUGAUUACAGUAACCCUUUUGGAUUACGGUAGCUUUGAAUUUUCAGGUUUGUGGGAAAGCUUUCAGACAAGCUUCAACACUUUGUCGACACAAAAUCAUACACACUGAUAGCAAACCACAUCAGGUAAGUAAAUCCUUUUUGAAAAUUGUUUUUUUUUUGAAAAUCAAGGUCGAGAGUUCCCCAAACCUCCCUCUUGACGCCAAAAAGUCUACAGUAACCCACAAAUUCUAAUCGGAUAAAAGUUGGCGCGAAUUUAUAAUCCGUUUCGUCUUUAUUCGUCCCAUUUUUACUAUUUUCUUUCUUUUUUCACGAGAUUUUUGCAGUGUAAAACUUGUGGGAAAUGUUUCAAUCGAUCUUCGACGCUUAACACUCAUAUCAGGAUUCAUCAAGGUUUUCUGAAACUGAAAUAAAAUGUUGAAAUACGAUUUUUUUCAAAUUUCAGGAUUCAAACCAUAUGUCUGUGAUAUUUGUGGGAAGGGAUUUCAUCAAAAUGGAAAUUUCAAAAAUCAUCGAUUGACGCAUGAAGAUGUUAAGAAGUUUUCGUGUGAAAUUUGUAAUAAGGUUGGUUUUGGAAAAAUAAUGUGCAGACACAAAAAUAAGCAGUCCCAAAAAAUAAGCAGACACAAAAAGUUAAGCAGACACAAAAAUAAGCAGUCCCAAAAAGUUAAGCAGUCCCAAAAAGUUAAGCAGUCCCGAAAAGUUAAGCAGUCCCAAAAAGUUAAGCAGUCCCAAAAAUAAGCAGUCCCAAAAAGUUAAGCAGUCCCAAAAAAGUUAAGCAGACACAAAAAUAAGCAGUCCCAAAAAUAAGCAAUUUCACUUGAAACAUGACUUUUUGAGAAGCUUCGAACUCUAAUUUUUGAAAUCUUUAUUUCCAGGCCUUCCACCAACCCUACAAUUUGGCAUUUCACAUGUUCACUCACGAAAUAUCCAAACCUUUCAAAUGCAAUUCAUGCGACAAAGGAUUUUGCCGAAAUUUCGACUUGAAAAAACAUUUGCGAAAAGUCCAUUCGACCUUAUGA